CCAGUUGAUGCCUGACGACAGUUGACGGCGUAGUUGGCAGUAAGAGGGGUUGUUACUCGAAUUAUCGGAUUUUGUUUGGCCAGGGGCUGUUAAGAGUAAGUGGUAUUGACAUUAAUGGUGGGCAAUUUGGUUUGCUUUUGUCGAAAUUAAAUGAACUCAACUGAACUGAAAUCAGAAUGGCUUCUUGAUUAUCUCAAUCUGGAAUUUUCCCUUCUUUUCAGCUUGUGAAUCAUAAUUGUGCACACUAACUCUAAAUUAUCCAAUCUCUGACCGCCAUGCUGGGUCGUCUGCUGCUGGCGCGCAGAGGCCGCUCGGGCCUGGUGGCGGCGCUGUGCCCCCGCCGGCCGCUCUGCACGCAGCCGGCCGAUCCGGAGCGGGUGUCGGAGGCGCUCGGACUGCCCGAGUCGGACGAACGGCGCCGCCAGCUGCACCUCAUCAUGCUCGAGUACAGCGAGAUGCAGGUGUCCGGCUCGCGCGUGCCCGACUCGAUGUCCAACUACGACUGGGGUGAGCUGCUGCGGCUGGGAAGCUACUCGGCGCGACGCAAGUACCUCGGCUACCUGUUCAAACGCGAGAAGAGUCGCGAGGCGGACGCCGAACGGCGGAAGCGGAAGGUUGAAGAGCGCCGUGAGAAGCUAGCACGUGAGCUGGAGUCGCGGCCGAGUCACAUCCGGUACGGCCUCGGUCACAACACUAUCUUCCACAGGGUGACCGACACCACCAUAAAGUCGUGGGAGGAGCAGCGACUGUACACGGCCAUGUGCUUCGGCCAGCCGCUCGUCAUGGACCUCUCUUUCGAGCCGCACAUGACACGGCGCGAGAACAAAAACACCGCGCAGCAGCUGACAAUGCUGUUCGCCAACAACCGCAGCGCGCUGGACCCGUUCGACCUCCACCUCUGCAACGUGAAUCCGCAGGGUGAGAUCAUGGAGUUCCUGCGCCGGGUUAUACCCAGUGUGGAGGAGCCCGGCUUCCCGCUGCACCUGAACCAGGAGAACUACCUGGACCUGUACCCCAAGGAGCGGCUGGUGUACCUGACGCCCCACUGCCGCAACGAGCUGCGAGAGUUUGACCACGACGCCGUCUACGUGGUCGGCGGCGUGGUGGACCUGGUGAAGGGCAGGCCGCUCUCGCUGGCUAAGGCCAAGAAGGAGGGCAUCAAGAUGGCCAAGCUGCCGCUGCAGAGGUACCUCAAUGUGGGUCCGUCGUUCAGUACCUCUCUGACGCUGGUGGCCAUGGGGCAAAUCCUGCUCGACCUGCAGGCGGGCGCCGGCUGGGAGCACGCGCUGCGCCACGUGCCGCGCCGCGGGCUGCUGACGCCCGAACAGCAGCAGGCGCAGGCGGAGCGCCAGCAGAGUCGCCUGCAGAGCUUACAGGAGGCGGCCGAGAGACGCCGGCAGCGCUGGGAACGCGCCGCGCAGCAGACGGCCGGCGAGCGCCGCGCACCGCCUGGCGGAGGAGGCUGGCGGGGCGCCCGUCCCAGGUGAUGAGCGGGAGGGGGAGGGGAGGGAUGCGCGUCUGAAUAUGAGUGAGGAGCUGUGUGGUGUGUUUGCCUGUGCGAGCGUGGUUGAAUGAGUGUCAUUGAAGUCAGGUCUCGAUUUGAUAUUGUUACUUUUUGGACGGAUUUUUGAAGAUGAAGCUGCUCGUAUCUAGUCGAAGUGAUGAAUGUAUGAUCGUGAUACGGGGCUGGACGAGACUUCUGUAGGGGCUUUCUCCAGCUGAUGUUAUGUCCUCAGAUAGGAGACUACUUUGAGUUAUUCCAUCUCGGAAGAGUUGAAUACAAGUAUCUUAAUUUCGAAGAAA